CCUGCGCAAAGGGGAGGACCCAGUGUGCCAGCUCAGCUGACACCAGAGCAGCAACAGCCCGAAGAUGAUGGCAGACAGUGGAAGCAGCGAAGUUGCUGUGAUCGGCAAUACUGACCUCACUUCGUCGGAAUCAGAGAGCAACACCAUGAACACGAUGGUGGAGAAAGAGACAGCUCUGUUGAGAAGAAUCGAGAUUAGUGUGCCGGAGGCAGAGAAGAGAACUGGGAAGAACACGGUUAACAUGCAGGAAACCUACACUGUCUACCUCAUAGAAACAAGGCCGACUGAAUCUGUCAUAGAGGGAGAUACGUCAGCUGCACCAGACAGUUUGUGGAGACGCUACAGUGAGUUUGAGUUGCUAAGAACGUACCUCCUGGUCACUUACCCCUACAUCGUCAUCCCUCCACUACCUGAGAAAAGGGCAGAGUUUGUGUGGCACAAACUGUCAGCAGACAACCUUGACCCAGACUUUGUUGAGCGACGCAGAGUUGGACUGGAAAACUUUCUGUUGCGUGUUGCAUCACAUCAUAUCCUUGCUGAUGAUGAAAUAUUCUUCCGCUUUCUUACUGAGGAGAAAAGAUGGAAGGAGGAGGUUUUGGUGACUGGUUUCCAAGACAAGGCUGAUUCCAGACUCAAGUCUCUGAGUGCCAUGUUCAGAGUCAAGAACCCUGACAAGCAAUUUACAGAACUUAAACACUACAGUGAAGAACUGAACACCGCCAUCUCCCAGCUACUCCGAGUCAGGGCGAGAGUAGCAGACAGGCUGUAUGGAGUUUACAAGGUCCACGGAAACUACGGUAGAGUCUUCAGUGAGUGGAGUGCAAUCGAAAAUGAGAUGGGUGAUGGACUACAGAGUGCUGGUCACCACAUGGACACAUAUGCUGCGUCAAUAGAUGACAUUCUGGAGGAAGAAGAACAUUAUGCAGACCAACUGAAAGAAUACCUUUUCUACACUGACGCUGUGAGGUCAGUAUGUAGGAAACAUGAGUUGAUACAGUAUGAGUUGGAGAUGGCAGUUCAAGACCUUGCCAAUAAGAAACAGCAGAAAGAAGAGCUUACAUCUGGGACAGUGCGAAUCUUCUCACUGAAGGGGAUGACGAGCAAACUCUUUGGCCAGGAGAGCCAGGAGCAGAGGGAGAGCAGGUUGUCAGCCCUGCAGCAGAGUAUAGAGGACGGGGAGGAUGCAGUCAUGGAGAAAAACAAAGAGUGCCGAGUGUUUUUGCAAACAGCCUGGAAAGACAUUGAGCGGUUUAAGGAGCAGAAAGACAAAGAUUUGCGUGAAGCACUUAUCAGCUAUGCCAUUAUGCAGAUCAGCAUGUGCAAGAAGGGAAUCCAGGUGUGGUCAAACGCCAAGGAGUGUUUCAACAAAAUGUGAGCCAUUUUUGCAGCCAAUCACACUUUGCACCAAAACAACAGGCAAUCAGUCUGUGCCAGCAAUUCAUAAUGCUGCCGUCUUAUGGAAACAGGCCAGGAGAAUCCAAUUACUGCUUUCUCUUGGCUUGCCAUUAAAUCAGUCAUUUGACGAGUCCAUGUAUUUUAAACCCGUCUGCAAACGAUCCAAGUUUUCCAUACUGGCCCUGAGUUGCAGAAAACAUUGAAAAGAGCAAACUCCUGCACUAAUCAUGGACAAUGCUUCUCGAUUUAUUAAUCAUCCUGCAAAAUUAAUUAUCUGAGAGAGCUUCUCUGUCACCACAAGUUGAACAUUGCAGCUUGUGAUUCAUGUGACAUAUUUUGAAAAUGCCUUAAAGAAACUGAAACAAAUUGCAUGUUUUACUUUGGGACUAAUAUGGCACUUUUAUGCUCACUUAAUUCUAACUGCCUCAAAGACUUUCGUUGAUAAUUAUUAUUUUUUUAAUCUGCAGAAGCAUAAAAUGGGACAUGUUCUAGUGACAGAUUUUUUUUGUCCUUAAUUAUAAAUGCAACACUUGAAAUGUCUACAUACAUCUGUCAAAAACAAAAUGCUUCUAAUCAAAUUGUUAAGAAGCAUGGACCACACACAAGAAAACCACUACUCAGUUACAUUUUCUCACUUCCUCUUUCAUCAUAAACAUGUUUCUGCUGAUGUCAGACUUAAUGUUAUUAUUGACGACAUGUGACCAAAGUGCUCGUGACCAACCACGCACCUGUACAGGCCAGGUGGGACACAUCAUUUGGGAUAGUUAUGGGAUUUUUUCAUAUUUGUGCCAAAAAACAAAGAGCCAUGCGCAAGUUCAGCCGGGAACACCUCAGUUUGUUUUGUUGUUUGUUUAUUGGGAGUCUUUUUUUUUGUAAGAAUGAAUUGUGGCAACCCCACAAACUACCUUGUUCCAAGUGAGAUCAUACAUGUUAAAAGCAACACACAUGAAGAUCAAUACCAGAGCCUUUUAUUUGUUUUAAUCUUCCUAGCCUUAAUACUAAGACUGGUUUUGCACAUGGGAGGACAAAAUAAAUUGCUGACAUGGUGUUAAGUUGCUGCACUAAAUAGAACCAAGUACCAAGAAUACUUGGAUGAUUGUUAAUUAAGACUAAUGACCAAAAUGUAGAAACCUUUAAAAUACUGAUGUGUAAAUUCUCACACUCUUGCUUAGCACAUCCAGUAAUACAUUUCCAAUAUGUGUGUUAUGUUUGGUACAAAUCGAUGUGGACAUCUGAAAGUUAUGCAGAGAUCAUUUUCUAUCAGCAAAUCCUGCUUUUGUCUUGAGUAAAGGUGAUCAGUGGAUAAUCAUGGAUUAUGUUUUUAAUAAUAAUAAACAUGUUCAAUCAGAAUUCACUAAAUUCACUGUGCUAAGACACUAAUAAACAUUUCCUUUUUCAUGUGUGUGCCAGUCAUGAAGAACUGCUGGUUUUGUUCCACAUUAACACCUGAGUCAUUAUUUGAAAAGCUUUUGUUGGUUUCAUUUUGUUUGUCUUUGGGGCUAAACGAAAAAACAUUCUUUGACGGAGCACAUUCUAAAGGUCUAAAUAUAGUAAAUCAUAUGUGUCAGAAUAACAUGCUGCCGUUUCACCGCGGUUAGGGCAUUCCUGUUUUUUUCCACGACACCUGUGGUGAUAAGAAAAUCACGAGUGUGUUCCUAUGGUUUUUCCUGUAACUGUAUGCGUAAAUCACUGUUAAAAAAAAAGCUAGUGUCACAUUAAAAGUCUGCAUUUAA